GGGAUCGGGAUCGGGAUGCGGCUGCAGUGCGAGGUGGAGGUGCUCAGCCGGCUCCUGCCCACCUGCGGGCUGCGGGGCCGCGGCCGCGCCGCCCGGGCGCUGCUGUCGCUCGGGCGCCCGCCCGGCGCUGCCGGUGCCGGGAUUUACCUCAUGGUGUGCACGGCACGGGACCGCGGCGGGGCUCGGUACAAGGUGCAGCAGAACGUGGAGCGGCUCUUCACGCGCUUCGUGGAGGAGGGAAAGGCCACGGUGCGGCUGCGGGAGCCCGCGGUGGAUCUGUGCCUCAGCAAGGCAAAUGUGAUCAAUUUAAAGACUUUCCUUUCAGCCGUGAGACUGGCUCACCAAGGCAACGACACCGGAGUCCUCCCUCUCUCACCUCUGGUCCCAGCAAAGAACUCCGACGUGGAGAAACCCAAAACCAAAAUGAUCAUCACUUCCAGGAGGGAUUAUCCCCUCACCAAGAGCUUCCCUUUCUCCCUGGAGCACCUGCAGACCUCGUACUGCAAGCUGGCCAGGAUCGACAGCAGGGUGCUGUGCCUGAAGAAGCUGCGCAAGCUGGACCUGAGCCACAACCACAUCAAGCAGCUGCCGGCCACGCUGGGGGACCUGGUGUGCCUGCAGGAGCUCGACCUGCACGACAACCACCUGGAGGCCUUCAGCGGGGCCCUGUGCAGCUCCGGCCUGCAGAAAUCCCUGCAGCUGCUGGACCUGAGCCAGAACCAGAUCCAGGCUCUGCCCCUGGAGUUCUGCCAGCUGCGGGGCCUGGUGCAGCUGCGGCUGGACGACAACGCCCUGCUGCGCCUGCCCUGCCGCAUCGGGCAGCUGAGCCGCCUGCGCUUCCUGUCGGCCGCGCGCAACAAACUGCCCUUCCUGCCCUGGGACUUCAGGAACCUCUCCCUGGAGAACCUGGACCUCUUUGGGAAUCCUUUCGAGCAGCCCAACCCGCUGGUUCCCAACAUCCAGCUGAAGAUCCCCUUGACUCUGCUGGAGUGUGCUGCCAGGGCCACCGUCAAUCACAGGAUCCCUUAUGGCUGCCACCUCCUCCCUUCCCACCUGUGUAAGGACCUGGAGGUGGCCAAGACGUGUCGCUGCGGCAGCGCCUGCCUGAGCAGCUUCAUCCAGAUCACGGUGACCAUGAACCUGCACCACGUGGCGCACACCGUGGUGCUCGUGGACAACAUGGGCGGCACGGACGCUCCCGUGCUCUGCUACUUCUGCUCCCUGCACUGCUACUCCCAGUUCCUGGACAGGCACCUGCAGAGCCACGGCUGACACCUGCCACCACGGGAUGGAGGAGCCCGGAGGUGUCACCUGCGCUGUCACUGGUGCUCCCUGCGGGGACAAAUCCCUCUGGGAGGGAGGGGACAGAGCCUGACCUGGCUCUUCUUCCCCUUUGGGAGGGAGGGGACAGAGCCUGGCCUGGCCUGGCUCUUCUGCCCCUCUGGGUGGGAGGGGACAGAGCCUGACCUGGCCUGGCUCUUCUUCCCCUCUGGGAGGGAGGGGACAUGGCCUGGCCUGGCCUGGCUCUUCUGCCCCUCUGGGUGGGAGGGGACACGGCCUGGCCUGGCCUGGCUCUUCUGCCCCUCUGGAAGGGAGAGGACAUGGCCUGACCUCCUCCUGCUCUGGAAUCUCCUCUGCCUGGAGCACAAGGCAGUGGUGAGUUGCAGAGAACCUUCCUCCGAAUGUAUUUCCCUUUUCCUGUUGCCAGGGCUGUGCUCGGAGCUUUCUGGGUUUGUGGGGAGGUGGUUCCUUCUUGGAAGGACAAAGGGAAUUUGGAUUUAUCCCAAUUUCCCCCCAGGAGCCCUGAGCUCUGAGAGCCAGGCCAGGACUGCACUCCCCUCAUGCCAGUGGAGGAGAAAUCACAUCCAGAGCAGUUACAGAAUCCCAGGUGCUUCUUUUUUUAAAGGUUCUGUUACAACAUUCCCACUCGGAGCAGGGACCAGCAUUGCUGGGUUUUUACCAGAGCAAACGUUUGUUUUUGGGGUUUCUCUCUUUGUGAUACCAGAAAUGUCUUUUUUUUCUAAAUAUGUGCCUGAAACUUUGUUUCUUAAUUCUCCUGUUUUAACCAUUCUGGAAUUUGUUUCACUGUGUUGACUGAUUAAAUUUUGAAAGCCUUC